GGGCGGGUUUUCCAAGCUUUUCCGACGUUGGUGUCAUGUGACACCAACACCUCUCUGAAGCUCUCUUUGACUGCUUCGACGAUGAGCCAUAUCAGAGAUUUUGAAUACUACUGGAAAGACCUCUACGACACACUCGCGUCAUCCGGCUACAAAUUGCGUCCCAAAUUUGGACCCGAUUAUGUCCAGCGUCUCCCUGCUCCAGAGACGAUAUUCGGGGACGAAGACAAGCGAUUGCAUCAUCGAAGAGAAAUCAUGGAUGCAGAACGAAUACGCGAUGGGAAACAAGUCAUUCUCAAGUCUGUAUCAAGAUCGGUGCAUAAAACAGAGGUGGAUAUCGGGACCCUCUUCUCUAGCAGCCCGUUGGCUGAGGAUCCUCGCAACCACUGCAUCCCCAUCCUCGAUGUCCUUCGUGACCCAUGGGACAGCGACAAAGAGAUUAUCGUCAUGCCCCGGAUGGUGUCUGCGUUUGAGUUUGUGACCUUCGAAACCGUAGGAGAGGUUGUUGACUGCUUCAGGCAGAUACUCGAAGGUGUGAAAUUUAUGCACGAGAACUUUGUCGCUCACCGGGAUUGUGUUUUUCUGAAUUUCGUCGUGGAUCCCACAAGGCUUUUCCCUCGAGGGACACAUCCAGUGCGCACAAUCAUGAAUCCAGAGUAUACCAGAUUGUCCACUGCCGUGUCCCGAACGAGCUGCUGGCCUCGAUAUUACAUCAUCGACUUCGGAUGGUCUGUGCGAUACAAUCCAAAGGACGGUCUCGUGUCUGAAACUAUCGUCUUUGGCGGAGAUCGAAGUCCGCCAGAGCACCAGAUAUACGGACGGCCGUGCAAUCCAUUCCCCACUGACGUGUACACCAUCGGAAACAUCCUGAGGACCCGGUUUCUAAUGUCCGAGUGGGGCGAGUACUCUCAUGCUCCUCUGCGGUUCUUGCAGCCACUUCUCGAGCAGAUGACGCAAGACGAGCCGUCGGCCAGACCUACGAUCGGCGAAGCCCUUGCUCAGUUCGAUUUCCUGUGUGCACGACUGACCAAAUCUCAGCUUCGUGCACCAGGUGCUCCGCCCGAGGAUCCGCUUUCCAACUGCGUACAUUCCAUCUUUCAGUUCAAGAACUGGAUCACGUUUGUCAAGCCACUUUCUCCCCGUUUGACCGCCUUUUAUGCGAAGCUUCGCAAAACAAAUCGGCAUCCUCCUACCGACCCGUGGCCAGCAAAUGCUGCGCUGAGGGCUUUUUACACGCAGACUCGUCCUACUUAGGUAUCGCUUGCUUUGUAUUUACUCUCCAUCUGCUCUUUCCUUGUUGCUGUAUCACCUAUGUAUCCUGAUAUAACACAAUCAAUUGUCACAGAUUGCCGUCUCCUGAUUGGGAUGGAAGCCCAAAAUUUGUUUUUUAUGAUCGUGUUCUGCUCCUUGUCACACUAGGACACUUUUCCGACGCAGAGUUUUGAACGCUGCUGGCUAAUUUCGGAGGGCACCCCUUGUUGAGUCGUGUGUGAAGCUCGACAUCCACGAUCCGAGGAGAUCCUCAUCUCACGCUGUCCUAAAGCAUGCGGCAGAGCGAUUUCUACUCGCCUGCUGUAUGUUGAUCACACGAGGCUCCCAACUAUCAUUCUAUCAAGCGCUCAUGCACGAAGUUCUCGAUCUCAACAGCUCUCCGACGGGAACGCGUGGGUUACCAGCACUCUUCCAGGGACCUCUCCACAGCUGGCGCCAAGCCUCGGUUUUACAUUUCUGGCUGUGACCGGCCCGGGAAUGUGGGUCCGUGUAGGUUUCGAUGGCGCGUAGACAGGUCACGAAGGACCUUGCGUUCAAGCAUUCUGACUCGGACACCGAUAUCCUCUUGCUUUCAAAGCACAUCUUAAGGAGAGCGCGCCGUGAUUAAUGUAGAAUACCGCGUGCAUAAUCUUCUAGCGCUGUCAGUACAUUUGUUCGAGGUGUAAGCGUUGUUGAGACGAAAUUAACCUGACGCCUGUAAUCCAAGUCGCUGUCUCUGCGAACACUUUCAAAAAGAAGUUUGCUUACAACGUCUUCGCCUGAAUCACCCGGUCUGACUCAAUUACUGGAUGCGGCUUGACGAGCUGACACAUAGUACGCGUCUCAAUGUGCGGGACUUUGGCUCCUGAUAUCCUCGUGUCUUUGGAGCAUAUUUGAGUGAUGAGCCACUCGAAAUGCUGUAGAAAGGAUCACCGUUUACGAAACUCUUCCAUUUGACACGAGGAGCUUCGUUGAGAUACAGAUGUCCUUCUCAUGGAAACGCUGCGGAAAG